AUGAGCUCUGGCCUUACAAUCUAUGUAUAGAUAUAUGGAGAGAGAGAGCGAGAGGAAAGCCUUUCAAUUGUUAGCAUGCAUGCUCUUUUAUCCAUUUAUUCACAAAAUUCGGUCAGGAGUUUCAAGCUCCAGGUCUGGUAGUAGAGAUGCUGGGCUGGCCCGGGCUUCUUUGGUCACUUGAGACUCAUCAAGAUGGAUCCCGAAAACGAGAGAGAGAGAGAGAGAGAGAGAGAGAGAGAGAGAGAGAGAGAUAGCCUUGAAAUCAGUGUUCUAUCCUGAAGCUUUUGCAAACUUGGUGAGGUCCCUUCCCUCGAGCUAACACCUCCAGCUGCCGUUCUCUACACAGGACUCCAAAAGUCGAAGCUUCCACCUCGGUUGAGCACAGCAGCGGCUGAGAAAUCUCUUCCUCGUCCGUAGAUCAAUCCUGUUGGGAGCCUCUUCCUUUCUGAUCAUCAAACUCUCGGAGGACUCGUACCAAGAAUCUUAGCUUUCAGUGGUUUCCUAAAUCUCCACCACCAUCAUCACCAGCAGCAGCAGCGGCGGCGGCGGCAGUGGUUUCCUCCUGUUCAUGUGACAAGAAGAACCGUGGCUCCGACCCCAGCUUUUGUAUUGCAUUCGUUGCAUCACCUUCAUCGCCACGCCUCCAAAUGGUUUUCCUGGGACUGGACGGCCAAACAACACUACCUCCGCCGCCAUUACUCCUCCUGGCGCCGCUGACUUCCAUUUUUAUCCGAAUUCGAACUGAUAUCAGUCUUCAGGCUGCAAUCCAUGGACCCAAAUCAGACCCAGAACCCCUCUCUCUCUCUCUCUUUCUCUCUCUCUCUCUCUCUCUCUCUCUCUCUCUCUCUCUCUCUCUCUCUCUCUCUCUCUCUCUCUCUCUCUCUCUCUCUCUCUCUCUCUCGCUGUGUUGCCUAUGUGAAGACACCCACAUUCCUAAAAAGGAAAAAAAAAAGGAACUAAGAACACAUGCUAAUACCUCUCAAACAACAGCCGUUCUGUUCCCCCUUCAGUUCUUGGUGUAAAAAAGCCGCAAUCCUCAUCGCCUUUCAUAAACAUAAGCUCGCCAUCAUUCUUCAAUCAUCUAUUUACAAACCUCGGGGUAGUGAGAGAAGAGAAGAGCCGUCAGUGGCAGAGAAAAACCCGAGAUCCCCUCCUCACUUCUGGGAGCAUAAUAGACUCAAAGCCUCAGAUAGAAGAGACCACAUAAGAGGUCUCGGAGGAGGAAUCGAUGGCUCGGCCUUUGAAGCCGCCCCACCCCCCAACUUGCCAGGGGCCCCGGCAGACACGAUACUCUCUCUUGCUGCCUGCGUGAUCUCAGCCACAGUACCUGUCAGGGAAGAAUCACAGGUCAUCACCUGA